GGUGUAUGGUCCUGUAGCGGUCGUGAGUGGAGACAGGGGGGAUGCACCAUCGUCAUUCUGACGAGCUCGGUAGAACGAUGUAUCGCACAGUGCCGCGUCCUCGUUGCCAGUCGGCACCACAGCCUGCGAUCAGUGCAGACGCACGGUCCAUUCGCAGUCUGUCAGUGUAGAUCAACUCCAAGCAUGUCCGGAACCACGGAGAAUUCGUAUUGUGACGACUGCAACUCUCCAGCCCACGGGGGCAACGGCACGGGGUCGCGCGUUCACUCCACCAUGGAUGAGGACGACGAACUUCUGAGAUACAUCUGGACUGAAUAUUUACACCCCAAGGAGUACGAGUGGGUUCUAAUAGUGGCUUACAUAAUCGUGUUCAUUGUCUCACUGAUCGGAAACUCACUUGUUUGUUUUGCAGUGUGGAAAAAUCGUCACAUGCGCACAGUGACCAACUACUUCAUAGUAAACCUUUCCCUGGCGGAUGUGCUGGUCACCAUCAUUUGUCUGCCUGCGAGUCUUGUGGUCGACAUCACAGAAACUUGGUUUUUCGGCGAGACUCUUUGCAAAGUCGUCCCCUAUCUACAGACUAUCUCUGUUUCUGUAUCAGUUCUGACCCUGAGCUGUAUUGCUCAAGACCGUUGGUACGCUAUCUGUCACCCGCUUAUGUUCAAGAGCACGGCAAAGAGGGCUCGCAAAAGCAUUAUUGCCAUCUGGGUGGUGUCCUGCGUCAUCAUGAUACCGCAGGCCAUCGUGAUGGAGUGCAGCAGCCUGCUGCCUGAACUCACAAACAAGACCAGCCUGUUCACAGUUUGUGAUGAACACUGGGGAGCUGAGAUCUACCCAAAAGUCUACCACACUGGCUUCUUCAUCGUCACAUACUUUGCUCCAUUAUGUCUGAUGGUGUUGGCUUAUAUUCAGAUUUUUCACAAGCUGUGGUGCCAACAGAUUCCAGGAAACACGUCAGUGAUUCAGAGGAACUGGAGGACUUUCCGAUGCUCGGCUCCGGGUUCAGGAUCGGGAGAGUCUGUGAGGGUGAGGACGAGCACAGUUACCGCUGAGAUCAAACAAAUCAGAGCCAGACGCAAAACAGCUCGCAUGCUGAUGGUUGUGCUCUUUGUGUUUGCUCUCUGCUACUUACCGAUCAGCGUGCUCAAUAUCAUGAAAAGGGUCUUUGGGACCUUUAAGAACACAAACGACAGAGAAACAAUAUAUGCAUGGUUCACUUUCUCACACUGGUUAAUAUACGCCAACAGUGCAGCAAAUCCCAUCAUCUAUAAUUUUCUGAGUGGUAAGUUCCGUGAAGAGUUUAAAUCUGCAUUUUCUUGCACUUGGUGCGGGCAACGGCAGGAUUACAAUAUGAGAACGAGGACCACAGCGAACAGAGACAGCCGAAAGUCCAUGUCAACUCAAGUUAAUAAUGCAGACAACCUGUCACGGUUAUCAGACCAGAUUGUGUAGCCUUUUAUUCCAGAAAACAAUGUAUUUAUUUGUUUCUGCACUAGAGGAGGAGCUGGUGCUGGACCAAGAGAACUUUAACAGGUUUUGCUUGUAAAAGGCUACAGAUGGGACAUGAGACUAAAUGAAAUUAUGGAAACAGUAUCAGGGUAAAACAUGCAAAACUCAAACUACAGCAUAAGCGAUGGUGAAAAGCUGUAAUCCCAUAUAUAUAUUCCAAUAUAUAUAU